ACACAUCAAGAUACCUCAAGUAUACUGAUGAAGCAUUUAGGAAGUUUAAAGAACGCUCUUCAGUAAAGCAAAAAAUAAUACAAUUUCCUGUACAGUCCCUACCUUUCAGCUCCAUCGACCCAAGCCACACCUUCAACAGCUCUUAUUUAAAACUCUUGUUGAAAGGCUAUCGUCCAUGUUACGUUCUUCACCGGGCUGGAGUGAUACAUGGUGAUAUAAAUUCUAGAAAUGUCCUAAUCGACUCUGAAAACCGCGUUAGAUUAACUGGCAUCAAACUAGAGGGAGAAACAACAGACAAUACAGAUAGAGCUGGUACACAAGACUGGGACGCAACAGAGGACCUGGGCAAAGAAAAUAAAUACACAAUGAGAUCAGACAUCAAGGAUGCUGGUAUGUUGGUGUACCACAUCCUCUCUGGUGCGAAACAUCCGUUUGAGGUCUUAAAGUAUUGUGACAUGGAAAAUGAUGUGCAAGAUAUUGAAGCCCGGAAUCUCAUAAACUGGAUGGUCAACAAUGCCGUAAUUGAUGAGGUCCUAAAACACCCUUUUUUCUGGAAUAAAAAAAGAAAAGAGGAAGUGCUUAGGAAGCUGGGUGAUCAACCUGAAGUCCAGUACUAUAUUGAUAUUUCAAAAGUUUGCAAAACUAGAAAAGCUGAAGAAGGCCUAACAGCGAGAGAGGCCGUAGAAAGGACCUUCAGUAAUAAAAAAGACAAGAGCAGGAAAACUACAAUCCUUACGAUGCUAGGAGAGAUAGAGGAAGUCCAAAACAAAAAUUUAGAAAAUUUAUCUAAGCUUUGUGACUCUGCAAAGACAUUUACGCAAGACAAAACAUUUAAUAAAUGGAAAUCAGAGCUUAUAGAUGAAUGGCCAGACAUUAACAAAGACCUUCCGGAGGACUUAAUUGGCCUGUUGCGUGUUUUCCGCAACAAAUUGACACAUGGAGGAUUUGAUGAACAGAUGUUCGACCGUUUUCCAGAUUUCUUUAUCAGCUUACACAGAUUGGCUAUAGACAUGGGCUGGGACUGUACCUGGUCUUAAGAUGAGUGAACAUCAGCACCUUAUUGUAAGUAGGAGAUGAGAGAGCCUCUACCAUGGGGACUAGAAUUUUUAGGUUCUAGCUUGUCCAUGGAGGGGUGAAGAGACACACGUGACCCAUCAGGAAAGCAUGUGUCACCACUCUCAUUCUCUUUUAGAGACCCCACUGGACCACCAUGUGAUAUUGGAGCUCACAUCGGCCUAAACCAGUCUCAGACACUUGUCUUCAGGGCCGGCCCGUGGCAUAGGCAGAAUAGGCAAAUGUUAGGGGUGCCGUCAAUCCCUAGGGGCGCCAAAAUGAGUGAAGUUGUUAUUUUAUUUUAUUAAUUUUUAAAUUACCAAUACUACUUCAAUACUAUGAAUUUAAAAUAUAAAAAAAAAAGUGAUCAGCCACCAAAAAAAACAAAAACAAAACUAUUUUAUUACUCUCUGACUCACCCCGGUUCGACACGUGAUCAAUCUCCCCUGCAAAGCCGCACUUUCACAUACAUCAGUCACCUGAUCACCUGAUUAUUUUAUUGAUUUAUAUAUAUAUAUAAGUUUAUUUCCAAUCUGCCUGCAAUUUUCAAGACUUUUUUUUUUUUUAAUGAAAAUUAUUGGUGGAAUGGGCUGUGAAGCAAGGGGCACCAAGUAAGAUCUUGCCUAGGGCAGCAAAUUGGCCAGCACCGGCCUUUCUUGUCUUUUCUGCUUUUUUGUAAUUUCAUAAUAAAUAUAAUUACAUACAGCAGUAUGUAUUCCGAGAGUUUCAUUUCUAAUAUUGUUUUAUUGUGUUGUCUUAUUCUCUUUUAUGGCUUUGCAUGAAAUUACAGAAGAGUUAAUACUCUUCUCCUAAUACUAAUAAUUCUUCUUUAAUAAGGGUAUUUAGGAUAUGAGGUUUACAAUAAACUCCAUGUGAGCACUAGAUUUUAACUGGUAUAUAUCUGCAACACUCAGUACUAGCAUAACAUAUCAUUUUGUUUGAAUCAACCAUUCAAACUUUUUUGUAAUGAUUUCACAUUACUAUUUAUUUGUACUCAAAAUAAAAAAAAAAACAUAUAUAGAAAUAUUUAGUCUAAAAUAUAGGCAUGAUAAUGGAACAAACGAUAAUAUUAGGGAAUAGUUAGAAAUUAGGUAGAAUCAAUAAAUUAUUAAUAAUUUACUGCCAUUUUGUGAAUAGUAAUGUAAGUGAUGACAGCAAACAAUCAAUACAGAAUGAAGUGUUUUGAAAAUCAAAAAUGUGGAAAGUUUGCGUGAGAGGUAGGUUUAGGGUAAGGGGAUAGAAAAUACAGUUUGUAUAGUAUAAAAAACCAUGAUGCCUAUUGAAUGACCACAUAAUGUGUGGACUUAUAGUUGUGCACUAGAAAGUAUAAACCUCCCUUGCUGAAAAAAAAAACAAAAAAAACAGCUAAAACCAGCCUAAGCUGACUGGCUGAUUUUUUUUUUCAG